CAAAUAUGUGUCUACUCUCUUGAAUUAGAUCAGCAAUGCUGACAAAUAUGUACCGGAGUUAUAGUCCAGAGUCCUUCAAGUCUACGGAAAACUGUACUACUACUCCAGACAUCGUCAAUGAAGACCCCAAGGUCAAUGAAGACCCCAAGCGACCGAUUAUCAGCGAGGCUCCCCCUGUAACUUCACCUGAAGAGAAGAUUGUUGCAGAUUUAGGGAAGUAUAUCGAGACUUGCUACUACGGCAACAAAACAGUCCCUUCCGAGAGACCCCCGAUAUUUAAUCAAGAUGUCGGACAUUAUAGACCGCAGCUCAAACAGGACCGGGUGAAUCGAAUUAUUCUAUACCCUGGAUGCUUCAACCCUCCACACCGCGGCCAUCAAUCCAUGGUUAACUGCGCCUUUUCGUGCUCCCAAGAUAUCGAUGUCAUCGCUGCGAUAGUCCUCCCCCUGGGCACCAGUUACUCGCCGGAGAACGCGAAGGAGUUUAUGGAAGACGUAUGGUUUACAAUGGCCCAGAGGGUCCGGUUAUGGAGAGGAGAUAAUGGACCUCACGAUUGGCUCUGGGUCUAUGACCAAGGUCGCCACGAGUGGGAGAUUUUCCGUUACAAUCUUGAACACGCGAUUAAGGCAGACGGCUUUCCCUUCGAGUUUAUCUACUUGGGCGGGCCAGACCACAUUGGGAGAUUUCACGUCUCAAAACGCCCAUGGGGCUGCGAUAACAUGAUUGUCAGUGAUAUUGGGAGAGAAACAGAUUUUGUGGGUGAUGAGACUUUGAUUCGGAUUGAGCGCCACGGGAAUUGGAAGCAGAUUCUCUAUCAAAAUAGGCCACAUCCUUGGGAGGCCGUCGGGGAAAUGGCACCUUGGCUUCUUAGUUCACUAUCACUUACAAUGCUAGGAGAAGGCAAGUUGGGAUUUCGAAGAGUUUUACUGGUAUCGACUUGAGCUAAACUAUAUCCUACACCUAGAAUCUAAUACUGGAUCGAUCGCGGAAUUACAGCUACAAUAUAUUAGAAUGGUAACCGGAAUGCGAAUCUGCUGGAACAAGUACGACGGUAUAUCGUGGGUUCGUUUUAUCCCGGCUGGCGAUAGCGCGAUACGCGUGAGCUCGACGGACAUUAGGUAUACUAUAAAGACAUGUCCACCGGAUGAGUUACUUGAAAAGCUUAAGGGAAAAGCUCUUCGUCCGGAACUUCUUGUCCAGUGGGUUCAGGAGUCUAAACACCGUAGCUCAGCCUCCUAGUUAGCAUCUUCAGAAUAGGUGGAACCACCACCUGUGGCUGUGAUAUGAUAAAAAAAAAGGAGGAGUCUACGCUAAAGUAUCGACUUCGUAUUACUAUAGUGGCCAUUCAUCCAA